AUGCUUCUUUUCAGUAUAUUGAUUUAUCAUUCUUUUGUUGUCUUAAUUUCAUCUACCCACACUCAGCCUUUCUUGAAAUCUCGUGGAGUAAUCGGCGGAAAUACACUUGCUACUGCUGCCAUAUGUCCUUCAUCUGCUCUGACGCCUAAAUCGGUUUCCUCACUUUCCUCUUCCUCUACUACUACUGAGGCGUCCCGAAUCGGUGUGCGCCGUUCUGUCUCUUUCAUUUCUCCUUCGAAUCGCUCUCUGGAGGGCGUAAGCUGCUCUACCAUCUCCACUCUUUCCAGCCUACUUCCAGCCUCGGUUCGGAAUCGGCCAGUGGUGGUCGGGGACUUAUUGACUCGUGGCAACCUACCCAGCGCAUUGCGUAAUAUGUCUGGCCCCACAACUAGUUCUUUUCCUCCACUAUCGCCUGACCCACUAACUUGCCCCUCAGACCCAAUAGGACUGCGGACCACUGGGCCGUGCAGAUUCAACUCAUGUGAACUCGAUGAUCCGGAUUGUCGAAAACAGGCAACCGUCUCAGAGAGCAGUGUUGUUCUCGAUCAAACCCGAGACGCAUCACAUCUGCCUGUCUCCAAGUCUGCCAAUUCAAUAGCCUCAUUACUUUCAUCA